AUGCCAGCUGGCAGCCGCUGGAAUGGCACGCCUGGAACCACCUCUGUGGCUGGAGCUGGAGCGUGCGUCCGUGGCCUGCCGCGCCGUACGAUGCUUGCCAGAGCUGCAACUUCUGAAACCGUGACUCUGUGGGUGUCUGCAGUGGGGAUGACGUGGUUCGUGUUGUUGUGUCGGCAGCGGGUGGUGCGCGGCGCGGCGGGCAGCGUGCUGGUGCUGGUGGCGUGGCUGUGGCUGGCGCUGGGGGCGCGCGCCCUGCUGGCCGGGCUGCGCGCGCCGCAGUUCGCCGCCGCCGACAACCCGGCGGCGCGCUGCCCCUCGGCGCUGGCGCGCGCGCUCACCUUCCUCUACCUGCCGGCGGCCAACGCCUGGCUGCUGCUCUGCCCCGCCGUGCUCAGCUUCGACUGGUCCAUGGACGCCGUGCCGCGCGUGCUGUCGCUGAUGGACGCGCGCCUGCCGGCGGCCGCCGCGCUCUACGCCUCGCUGCUGCGCGCGCUCUCCGCCUCCUGGAGAAAGGCCGCCCCCGCGCCGCCCGCGCACUGCACCACCGACCAGCACUCGGCUCACUGCCGCAGCACCAACAACAACAACGCCAUCGCGGCGGGUGCCGAGUGCUACUGCGCGCCGCGGCCGCGGCCGGGGCCCAGGCGGGCGCACGCGUCGGCCCCCGAGGUGCUGCUCAUCUCGCUGGCGUUCCUCGUGGUGCCGUUCCUGCCGGCGACCAACCUGCUGUUCUACGUGGGCUUCGUGCUGGCGGAGCGCGUGCUCUACAUGCCGAGCGUGGGCUGGUGCCUGCUCGUGGCCCUGGGCUGGCACCUGCUGGCAGAGCGCGCAGGCCGCCGCCUCGCCAUCGCCUGCGCUGCGCUGCUCUUGGUGGCGCUGAGCGCGCGCACGCUGCGCAGGAACCACGACUGGAGAGACGAGGAGAGCCUCUACCGCUCCGGCGUCGCCGUCAACCCGCCCAAAGCCUACGGGAACCUGGGCGCCGUGCUCAGCUCUCAGGGCCGGGUGGACGAGGCGGAGAAGGCCUUCCGGCUGGCCCUGCAGCAUAGGCCCAACAUGGCCGACGUCCACUACAACCUGGGCGUGCUGCUGCAGGGCCGUGAGCGCUACGAGGAGGCGAUGCAGAGCCUGCGGCUGGCCAUCCAGUACCGACCCACGCUGGCAGUGGCUCACCUGCACCUGGCGCAGCUGCUGGAGCGGCAGGGCCGCUGCGCGGAGGCGGAGGAGCAGUACCGCCGCUGCUGGGAGGCGGACGGGUCGCGGGUUCGAGACCCGCGGGCGCACGAGGCGGCGCGCAUCCAGGCCAUGCUGCAGCUGGGCCGCCUCCGCGCCGACCAAGGCCGCCUCACGGAGGCCGUCGCCGCCUUCCAGGCCGCCGUCCGACACCGGCCGCCGCACUUCGCCCCGCAGGCGCUGUACAACCUGCUGGGGGAGACGCUGGUGCGCAUGCGCCACUACGAGCAGGCGGAGCAGUGGUUCCGGGCUGCGCUGCAAGCCGAACCACAGCACGUGCCUGCACACGUCACCUACGGCAGUCUGCUCGCUAUGAACAGGAGCCGCGCGGCUGAGGCGGAGCGUUGGUUCAGGAGGGCGCUGCAGCUGGCGCCGGAAGACCCCAGCGUCCACCAGCACUUCGGCCAGUUCCUGUCGGGCCAGCAGCGGCACGCGGAGGCGGCUCUGCGCUUCGAGGCGGCGGCCGACCUGCUGCCCUCGCGGCUCGACCUCGCGCUGGCCGCCGCCUCCUCGCUGCGGGUGGCCGGACUCACCGGCCGCGCUGAGCGCUUCUACCGCCGCGCCGUCCAGCUGCGGCCGCAGCUCGUAUGA